UUUGUCAAUUAGGGUUCCGGCACCGGCUAGCAAUCGGAAACUGCUCUUCUACUUGUGUUUUCCGACGAAAGCCAACGGAGGCGUGAUCUAUCAUUAAGAAGACAACUAACUGAGCUUCUCAUUAUGGCCGAAGAACAAAUUGUAGGUUCAGAAAUGAAAGGGGAAAUGAAGCCAUGGGAGCAACAUUCUUCUGUAAUUACUCUCCCUCGUUUUGAUUAUAAAGCUCCUUCAUCCCUCCUACAACAUUCUCAUUCUGGAUUCCUUGUCACCUGUCCCUUCAAAAGAGAGAAGAGUGCCACAAAGGAAGCUAUCUCCAUUCUUCAGAAGUAUAUUGAUAUUUGUAGUGGCUGCAACUCCGAAGAUUUGAAUAGAAAUGACAUAGAUGUAGCAUCUAAGAAAAGGAAAAUUUGCGUUGAUGAUGCUGGAGUGAACUUGGAAGAUGAUUCAUGUGUGUCAGACAAGACCAUAAAAAAUGUUUCAGCUCUAUCACUUGUGAAGCUAAUAAGGAGUGGUUUGCUUCUCUUUACGCUCCCACAAGAAAACUCUUGUGAUGUUGUCCAGAUUGUAUCAGCUAUUGAUAAUGCUCUUGAAUCUGGAAGCUUGAGUCCGCUUCUUUGGUGCAACCGCAUUUUCCCAAUCCAAACAACUUCUUGCCUAAACGAAAAGGAACUUCAUGAUACAGUUACAAAGCUCGUAAAAAAGUUUGUAAACGGUAGACAGAUGUCUUCCCAACCUAUUAUGAAGUUUGCAGUUGGGUAUAACAGAAGAGGAUUUGAUGAAAAGGAAAGGAAAUCUUCGAAAAACACUUCAAUAGAAACCGAGGAAUUAUCUUUAUUAGACAGAAAUAAGUGUUUUUCUAUCGUGGCUGGCGCUGUUAAGGAUGUGGUCUCUGAUGCUGUUGUAGACUUAGUAAAUCCAGAGUUAUCGGUUUUAGUUGAACUGCUGCCUGUUUCUGGUCUACCCACUGGGAAUUUGGUGGUUGCUGUCUCGGUUCUUCCUCGAACUCUUGUCACGACCAAACCGAAACUUUGUAUUAAGGCUCUUUUGGUCUCUGAUGAUGUUAAGAAGGGUGAUGUGAAGUAGGGUUUGAAGACAAUAGUUAUAGACUAGACACUACCUAAAAGAUUACCCAUAUUGUUUUUGUUUGCUACAAGCCUAUUUAUUUUGUACUUUUGGAAUUUUAUUUUUUUGGUUUUUGUAAUAGAAUUGUGAUAUAUUUGU